CCCCAAAAAAUUUGCAAUGCGGUUGUGCGCCGGGCUCGGCCUCACUGGUUCCCCCCUCUGAGCUCUCUUUACAGAUCCCUAAAUCCUCUCUUUUAGACCUUCAACUCCGAAUCCUGAUUCCUGAAUCCCCCAGGAAAAGUUCUUCCGUAGAUCCUCUGAUUUUGUUUUCAAUUUCCUUUCCCCCGGAAGAAAUUCUCGGAAUUUUCGAUUGGGUUAUCGUCAGCGAUGGGGAAGAACCAAGCUUACAAGGCUAUGCAGAGAGCCAGGGUCGGCUCCAGCUCCGCCGCUCCGGAGGAGAUCGAAGACGGCAUGGUGGAUGGUUCAUUUCAUACACCAGAGUGGCAUGCUGCUCGUUUGGCUAGCCUUAAGACUUCGCACACCAUUACUUGGGAAGAAUUUAAGAAGAAGCAAAAGGAAGAGGAAAUGAGAAAGGGGGAACUUGAAGCAGAUACUGACAGAAUGAUGCGUGAAUAUAGAGCUCAGUUGGACGCUGAAAGGGCACUAAAGCUCUCGAAGGGAAGGAACCAUCCUAGCGAUAAAUCUAAAAAAGAUAAGGACAGAGAUUCGAAGAAAAAGAGGAGCAAAAAGAGAAAGCAUUCAAGAAGGAGAUCUUCUGACUCGAGCUCAUUCUCAGAUUCAUCGGGUAGUGAUGACGAGGAAUAUAGAAGAUCGAGAUCGAGUUCUAAAAGAACAAAGAAGGAGAAGAAGCACAGGUCUAGAGACAAACACUCGAGCAAAAGCAAAGAAGAGGCUGAUGGUCCUGUACCUCUCUCAAGAUUCUUUGGCAAUCUGAAGAGUUAACACUCAGACAGCCUGACAUAACAGGAAGAUUGUCUGAUCUGAAGUCAAAUUUUGUCAUCUCAUAUUGCCAAGGAUGAUGAUGAUGAUGAUACCUGCUCUGCCCCCUUAAUACAUUAGCUUGUAUUUUUUCAGCCUACACUCAAGAUUCUUCCCCUGCAAUUUUAUAAACCUUGUUGGAUUUUCUCGGCUACAGGCUCGUGUAAGUGAUUGUGAAUGUGACACUCAAACUUGCUCAAUGUUCACAUAAUCUAUCUGUUUAGACUUUUUGAACA